CCUUGUAUGAAUUCGCCUUAUUUCUUAUGUUAUCAAAAGUUGUUGAUAAACAAAUUGCCUUUUGAUUUGAAAGCUUUAUCUAAUAAUGGUUCAUUAAUAAAAGCAAUUCCCAGCUAAUUUUUGGAUCUAUAUAGCUGAGGAAUUCCGUUUGCACCUUUAACUACAAGAACAACGUGCAAUUCUCGAUAACGCGCCCGGCAGACUGACCAACUGAUUACAAGUGAUGAUAAGAACUUCAGAACUCACAUAAUCACAUUGCAAAUGCGUACCGCAACUGCAGUAUUGUUUCUACUUUGUUUGAUUACUGGUGGUGGUGUUUAAACCGGCGUGCCACAUAAUGAAUAUUCUUUUCCGUUUUAUAGUAUUUUGUCUGGAUCCUUUGGGUCUUGGACGGCGCUUUUUCAUACGACCGGCGUAUAAUUUGAGUGUCGGUGUAUACGAUCGAUUGAGAGCAAAAACCGAUGAAAAGGUUGAGACAUUACGAGAAUUAGUUUUACGGUUGGGUCUUGUGGCCUUUGCGGCAGUAUUAAUAAUAUGGACUGCUGUCUUUAUGUAUGCAGCAUUUUACUAUUUUUAUAUGCCAGCCAUUUCUCAUACCCGUCCCGUACACAUGCAGUUCAAAACCUGCCUAGAUACUAGUGCUCCUUGUACUUUCCCCCAUGCUCAUGUAUCGUUAACUAAAAAACAACAACUUUUAAUGGUGGGUCAAGCUUAUCGUGUUAUUGUACAAAUUGAUAUGCCCGAAUCACCGCAAAAUCUUGAUCUAGGCAUGUUUAUGGUAUGUGGUGAAAUGCGUGAUCAUGAAUCCAUGUUAAGAGGACAUUCGUGUCGUUCCGCCAUGAUGCGAUAUCGUUCUCCAUUGAUACGCACUAUGUCCACUUGGGCCCUAAGUCCUUUGUUCGUGUUGGGUGUUAAGGAAGAAUUCCAACAGGUUCCAGUCGAAAUAUUCAGUCGUUACUUGGAACAAAAACAUCAUCCCAUAACCGAUGUCUAUGUUGAAAUACAGUCACAGAAAAUCCAAUAUUAUACGGUAUCUUUGCAUAUUGUUGCCGAAUUUACAGGACUACGUUAUGUAAUGUAUAACUAUCCUGUAAUAUCGGCCAUAGUUGCCGUUAGCACAAAUUUAUUUUUCUUAUUGGUUGUAUUUUUGCUCAGCUGGUAUCACUGGUCUGAUACCACAUGGUUGCGCAAUCUUCAGAAGAAAUUAAAUCGGUUCACCAGCACAUUACAACACUCGGCCAGCCGAGUUCUAAUGCCCUCAAAAAGUUCCACUAAUUUACAAGAUGAUGAUGAACUUAGUUUUCUUGACGAUGAGAAAUCUAAUGUUUCCGAUGAAAUUGAUGAUAUAAGUGGAACGACCAAAGGCGAAACUGCGCUCAGACAAAGAAAAUCAGAAAAGUCUAGUUUUUAAUUUAAGUAUAAUCUAAAAGAACUCCUUUUAUUUUUAACAAAAGGCUGAAACAAAUUGUAUCUUUUUAUGCAUACAUACACAUUUAUAGUAUUUGUAAGAAAUGAAAUCUUUUAUAUAGAAAUAUACGAGUAUAAGCAUUAAAUUUAAAAA